AUGAAGAAGUUCCGCGAGAAGGCGAGUUCCCUGCCCAUUUUCAACGGUCGAAUAACCGACGCCACCACGCUGACCACCAGUUCGCUGCAGUUACCUUUGGGCCAGGUUCCGCCCAGGAAGCAAUCCACCUGCACCAGGGUCCUGCCCACCGUUUUUACCAUUACGGACGGCACCACAGGAGCAGCUAGUACCUCCCUGGCGGAGGCCAUGUCCAGCAGCAAGGCCCAGGUGCCCUCAUCGCGACAGGAGAACCUCCUCCAGCUCAGUGUUCCGCGGGAGGCGGCCAUGGGUGUGGUAGGUCCAGAACUGGCCAACUACGAGAAGGUGCGGGUGGUGGGCCAGGGAUCCUUUGGCAUUGCCAUCCUGUAUCGACGCAAGUCCGACGGCCAUCAGAUCGUCUUCAAGCAGAUCAACCUCAGCGAACUGACUCCGCCUGGUCGGGAUUUGGCCAUGAACGAGGUGGACGUCUUCUCGAAGUUACAUCAUCCGAACAUUGUCAGCUACCUAGGCAGCUUUAUCAAGGACAACACACUGCUCAUCGAGAUGGAGUAUGCUGAUGGAGGAACUCUGGCCCACAUCAUAGCCGAGAGACAGGGCAAGCUGCAUUUUCCGGAACGCUAUAUAAUAGCCGUUUUUGAGCAGAUCUCCAGCGCCAUCAACUACAUGCACUCGGAAAACAUCCUGCAUCGGGACUUGAAGACAGCGAAUGUCUUUCUCAACAGACGAGGUAUUGUGAAGAUCGGGGACUUUGGCAUUUCCAAAAUAAUGAACACCAAGAUUCAUGCCCAGACUGUUUUGGGAACCCCCUACUAUUUCAGUCCGGAGAUGUGUGAGGGCAAGGAGUACGACAACAAGAGUGACAUUUGGGCCCUGGGCUGCAUUCUAGGCGAGAUGUGCUGUCUGAAGAAGACCUUUGCUGCCUCCAACCUCUCCGAACUGGUAACCAAGAUAAUGGCAGGCAACUACACUCCUGUGCCCUCGGGUUACACCUCGGGACUGCGAAGUCUUAUGUCCAAUCUGCUACAAGUGGAGGCUGCCCGGCGACCCACCGCCUCCGAGGUUUUGGUCUAUUGGAUUCCGCUCAUUUUCCGCAGCCUUGGAAAAAACAAAGGGUACUCCUAUGAGGAUGAUGUGGGAGGCAGCAGUGGCAACCAACUGAAGGCUCCUGAUCCCGCCACCGCGCACAGCAAUGUGUCCAUGGAGCUGGAACUGCCCACUGCCCAGACCGAGACGAAGCAGCUGAUGAGUGCAGAGACGGCGGCGCCGCACGAGAUCCUCGAGAAGAGAUCCGUGCUCUACCAACUGAAGGCCUUUGGCAACUGCUUCAAUAUGGCGCCCAUCCAGCUGCCGCCCAAGGCCGUCAUCGUGGGCGUGGCCAUGUCCGACUCCCACUUCGUGGUGGUCAACGAGGACGGAUCGGCCUACGCCUGGGGCGAGGGAACCCACGGGCAGCUGGGUCUUACGGCUUUGGAGGCCUGGAAGCACUACCCCAGUCGCAUGGAGAGCGUCCGCAACUACCAUGUGGUGGGCGCCUGUGCCGGCGACGGAUUCACCAUCCUGGUCACCCAGGCGGGCAGUCUCCUCAGCUGCGGCAGCAAUGCCCAUCUGGCCUUGGGCCAGGACGAGCAGCGCAACUACCACAGCCCCAAGCUGGUCGCUCGACUGGCGGAUGUGCGGGUGGAGCAGGUGGCCGCCGGACUCCACCACGUUCUGGCCCUGAGCCGCGAGGGAGCGGUGUAUGUGUGGGGCACCAGUACUUGCGGAGCCCUUGGCCUUGGGAACUACCAGCAACAACAGAAAUUCCCUCAAAAGAUUCUGCUGUCGCAUGUGAAAACCAAACCAUCAAAGAUUUACUGCGGUCCCGAUACCUCCGCCGUGCUGUUUACCAAUGGAGAACUCCAUGUCUGUGGGAGCAAUGACUACAAUAAACUUGGUUUCCAACGUCCCUCGAAGAUCACUGCUUUUAAAAAAGUCCAACUGCCUCAUAAGGUUAUUCAGGCAUGUUUUUCAUCCACUCACUCGGUAUUUCUGGUGGAGGGCGGCUAUGUCUACACCAUGGGUCGAAAUGCGGAGGGUCAGCGUGGAAUCAGACACUGCAACACAGUGGAUCAUCCCACCCUGGUGGAUUCUGUCAAGUCCCGGUAUAUUGUGAAGGCAAACUGCAGCGACCAGUGCACCAUUGUCGCCUCGGAAGACAAUAUCAUCACCGUUUGGGGCACUCGCAAUGGUCUGCCCGGGAUUGGAUCGAGCAACGGUGGCUUAGGAAUGGAGGUUUGCACGCCCAACAACGAACUGGAGCUGGGAAACAACACGGCGGCGUUCACAAACUUUCUGGCCUCGGUUUACAAGUCCGAGUUAAUAUUGGAACCAGUGGAUAUACUGGCUCUGUAUUCCUCGAAGGAGCAGUGCGACCGAGGGUAUUACGUCCAGGUCCAUGACAUCUAUCCCUUAGCCCACAGCGUUUUGGUGCUGGUGGACACGACCACGCCACUUAUAUCCUCCUACGAAGGCGACUACCCGCAGCUUUAGUUUAAAUAAAUCUUACAAA